CACUGAGAAGGAAUACUGAAUGCUCAAGCACGAACUUCUGUUUGACCUUUCCCAAUAUCGCUCCCACAUCAGGUGUAGUGCGGUAUCAAGAUGUCGUCUGUCAUCGCCAUGUUCAGACCUCUCUCCAUGCCGGAAUUCUCGUCGAUAUCCUUUGAAAGCCCAUUACAUGACCCCCAUCGCGUUACGCCUCAAAAGACUAUAAUACGACCGGCGUAAACAGCGGUCUAGGAAGUUCCUAGUGCUAUGCCAAUCAACCGCGCCGACUCUAAGGCCUCUAAAGCCUCUAAAGCCUCUACAGCCUCCAAAGCCUCCAGCAACUCCAAGGCCUCCAAACACUCUGUCUUGUCCAGCAAAUCCAACCUCCGCCACUUCAGCGUCGACACCCUCCGCGGCAUGCAGCAGCCUACCAUCUCCCGCAAGAUCUUCCGCCUCAUCAAGUCCGAGAAGUAUGCGAUCCGCGCGGCCAAGCUCGCCGGGAGGGAGCGCGCGGCCAUCGCACAGCAGCUGACCGAGUGGGGCGAGGACACCGAUGACCAUGCGGUCAGCCAGGUGUCCGAUAAGGUGGCGGUGCUGCUGUUGGAGAUCGCGAAUCAGGAGGAGGGGUACGCGGAUCAGUUGGAGGAGUAUCGCAGCUUGUUGAAGCAGAUUCGAAAUAUGGAGAACUCGGUCGUCCCGGUGAGGGAGAAGCAUGCGAAGCUCAACGACGAAUUCGAAAAGCUGAAGCUUAAAGAACCCAACUCCCCCCGUGGCCCCCAACUCCAGAACGAGCUCACCCGCUCCGAAGCAGGCUAUUUAGUCACGGAAGCCCAGCUCAACAACGUCACCCGCCAAACCUUCAAAAGAGCCAUCGACCUCCACAUCCGCGCCGUAUUCGAGCGCGCCGAAAAGCAAGCAAUCCUCGCCCGCCACGCGCAUGAGAUGCUCGGCCUCCUCGACGACUCGACCCUCCUGCCCAACGAGACGCGGCCGGUGUUCACUGACUUCGUGGCCGCGCGCGGCGUGCUGAACAGUGCGGAGGGCGAGUUGGCGACGUGGACGAACAGUUUGCCGGAGUUUCCGACUCCGACAAGGAGGGCGGCGGGGGCGGCGGGGACGGAGGAGACAGGGGCGGGAGAGGCGGGGAGGGGGGAGGAGGAUGAGGAGACGGAGAGGGCUGCGGUGUAGAUGGGUGGGGACAGGGAGGGUAGUGAAGUAUUCUAUUUGUGUGUGACUGAGGUGUUGGAUGGGGACU